UCCACAGAGAAAACAAAAAUGGCGGCUCCCAAGAAGUACGGGCUCAUCUUGCCGAAGAAGAAUGACAAACCUGUUCUUUCCGCGACGUCUGUCUUCGGAGAUGACAGCGACGAUGAGCACGACAAGGCGACCAUCGAAAAAACCAUGCGAAAAGAGUCCAUACGCAACCUCAAGAAAAUUCAGACGCAGCUUACCCUACGUAAAGCAAUGGAAGAGGACCCGUCUGUGUUUGAAUAUGAUGAAGUAUACGACGACUUGAAGAAGAACAAGGAGGAAAAGAAGCAGGAAGUCACAAAGGAUCGAAAGCCUCGGUACAUCGAGCAACUGCUAAAGUCGGCCGAGCUGCGCAAGCGAGAAGGCGACCGCAGGACACAGCGAAAGAUUCAGAAGGAACGAGAGACCGAGGGCGAGGCCUUUGGCGACAAGGAGGCGUACGUGACGUCAGCCUACAAGCGCAAGAUGCAGGAAAUGCAGGAGGAAGAAGAGCGAGAAAUGCGGCGCGAGCAGAUGGACCAAAUGAUGGACGUCACAAAACAGAAAGACCUGAGCGGCUUCUACCGCCAUCUGCUGAAGCAAGAAGUUGGGGAGGAGAGAAUACCGCAAAACACGGACAAGCCCAUAGACUUGCCAAAGAAAGAAGAGAAGCCCAAAACUUCCAAGAGCACCGAAGAGCCUUCUCAGGCUCGCCGUUCUUCACGGGAGGACCGUAGAGCACCGUCGUCAUCUAGCCAUCGUGACAGUGACAGUGGAGACGGUGAACACAGCACACAAGCAGCUGGUGAAGAUCACAGCGAGGAUGCUUCCAGGAAGAACAAGAGGGCUUACAGAACAAGGAGGAUCAGUGAUCCAUCUGAGGAAGAGGGCUCUCCACCGCGAAACGAGCCUUCUACGAGCAAGAACAUCGACAGAGACAUAGAUGCCGAUAGCGACUUUGAGGUUGACUCUGAAGAUUCUUCUGAUGAAGAUGAAAACCAGGCUGCUCCACAGAAAGACAAGGAGAAGACUUCAGCACCGAGCAGCAAGCGGUCAAAGGAUGAUCGUUCGGAAGCGAGUGAAGGCGACAAAAAAGACACUACCGAGGAACCUGCCACAAAGGUCAUUGCAAAAGACUGGAUGGCCCUGUUCCGUAAGAGGACCGUUGGGGACAAGUUUGAUGUGGCAGUGGCACGGUACUUUGAGCGUAAAGCAGAGAUGGAUGCCUACAAGAGGGCACAUGGUAGCGUGCAAUAGCAUACUGCCAGUUCCCUGUUCGUGUUGACAGAGUUGGCCAGAGUGUUGAAAGACCCAUUCCUGCAGUGGCGUUAACUUGCUCGCAGCUCAUGGAAACGAGCGUCUAUCAUAUUCCUGCAAGCUUCAGCGAGAUGAAAAAUUGCUCUCCACGACGAACUCCUGCAUCAGUGACGACUCAUCAGUUGCUUUUUAAGGCCUGUGUCCUUGGGAACAAUUACGCCUACAAGGCUUCGAAAACGUUGGCAUCAGCAUUCACGCAGGUGCCAAAUAUGUGCAUUAAUUAUGUGCCGAUGUGUUGAAUAGCUAUAAUGUUAUCUGCCAUCCAAAGUGCUCUCAAGUGUGGUGAUGGACAGUACAUGCAUUGCGGCGAAGUCAGCACAUGAACAGCAACAGAUAAAGCUGUACAGUCUUACCAUAAAGUAAAU